ACACGCAUUUAACAAGUAGAUCCUGAAAGCUAGCUCUAUGCUGGACACCGUGCUCGGGACUCAAAUAAAAUGGUAAGCAAGAUAGACGAGGUUCCUGGUCUUGUGAGGCUAACAGUUUACUUGUAAAAUGCCAGGCACAUAGUAGGUUGCUUAAAUGAUGCUUGCUAGUACUAUUAUAUUUUCCUUUACUACCUUUCCCUGGCACACGUAAGGUCCUGAAGAAAUGUUACUGGACAGAAAAUCAUGUUUACAGUGUCAGGGGAGAGGAAAGGCAUUUGCUGGGAAAAGAAAAAAAAACUUAAAAUACUAGUAUAAGAAAGUUGUUUAAAUCUCAGAAAACUAACAUCUUUUAAAGCUUAUAGAAGUACUACUCCCAGCAAGCGACCCUGCAGGACAGAGUAGAACUGCUCCAUAAGAUUUCCAGGGAUUGGUGGAUUCGAACUGCCUACCUUUCAGUUAGCAGCCAAACGCUUAACCUACCUGGUCCCUAUGAGUUGGAAUUGACUCCACUCGAUGGCAGUGGGCACUCCCAGCAAAUAUGUUGAUUUGGGGUGGCCUUACUCACGCAUUACAGCAAGUUGGAAAAGCCACAUAUAUAAUUGUUCUUUAAUAGCCAUUAAUUUGUGUGGCUUGAAAAGUAAUAAAGUUAGGAUUCUCAACAGGCAUCUGAUUUUUUAUUUUUACUUCAUUAAUCCAGACUCAGGUAUUUGCAGAGAACUAAUCGGAAUUAUUGAAUAAGUACUAUCAAGAGAAGCGUUCGCGGUGGAGGAAAAGGGAGAAAGGGAGAAGGGAGCUGAGGAAGCUAAAGGAAACUUGCAGAGCCCCCCACCCCCCACCCCCCGCCAGUGUGGCAGGCUGGGCUUGGCUCUGGCUGAUCCCGUAGCCCAGUGCUAAAUCACAGACGAGGAACCCGGACACCACCCAGGAGGAGGGGCCAGGCUCCCCACUUGGAAGCAACAACUGCCCAGGGCUACUGGAUAUUUCUCCCCAGGAAACAGCCAAGUUUCAAUCCCUCAAAAGUGUGGGAGGAGAAGAGAGAGGCAUGAAGAUCAGGGAGGGUGUUUCAAACAAUCCUCACUGUCCCCAAAGGGUCAGCAUAAGAAGUGGAUGAUGCCAGAACAAUAAUGCCAGGUCUCCACGAUGCAGUCAUUGUCGAACCAGAUGUGCUGUCUGUCUGCUUUGCUGUUUCCCAGGUCUUUAGCUUGAUCUUCAUCAUGCCCCCAUCUCUAAAGUUACUGGUAAGCUAAGUCUGUAGAACUUUGACUAGGAAAGUCCUGGUUGACCCUGUUUGAUCAGUAGGAUGAGAGAGAGAGGGGGAAAGAUGGGGGCAGGAGGAGGGAGAGGGAGGAAGGGAGAGAGAGAGAGAUUGAUUGAUAGAUAGAAGAGGAUAGAAGGGAACACAGAUUUUAGACCUUCCACAUCAGUGAUCAAUCCUGACUGAGAGGGCAGAUGGUGGAUUGGGACAGCAGGCUUAGCUCCUCUGCUCUCUUCACGGGACAGCCACUGACAGCCAGUGUCACCUUGGCCUUCAUUAUCUCUGCAUCUAUUUCCCUUUGUGCAAGAUUCAGAACUGCUUGCUCCAAAGAAACAAUAAAAGCAUUCAUGUUUAUAAGACUUGCACAGAUGAAAGUGCAUUUACUGAUACUGUAGUCCUAUUAUUGGUAUGUUUACCUCUUGUGUAGAAUUGCUUGGGUUUCCCACGCAAUGUAGAAAAUCGCAGUAUGCUUCUGUAAUAUAAUUUUUUCUUAUGACGUCUCCUUUUACAGACUUGCUGAUCUUGGUUUUUCAUUUAGGUAAGGAACCCUGGUGGCGUAAUGGUUAAGUGCUUGGUCGCUAACUGAAGGUCAGUGGUCUGAGCCCACCAACAACGGCUCCAUGAGAAAAAAGACCUGGUGAUCUGCUCCCAUAAAGAUUACAGCCUAGGAAACCUUCUGGGCAGUUCUGCUCUGUCCUAUAGGGUCAUUAUGAGUUGGAAUUGACUCUAUGGCAUACAACAACAGAGGUUUGCAGAAAUGUGUCGUUAGUUAGCUGCUGUGGCUAACAUCUCUCACUGGUGGCAAGCUCCUUCAUAACUGAGACCAUAAAAAGCCAAAACUCACUGCCACUGAGUUGAUUCUGACUCACAGCGACCCUACAGGACAGAGUGGAACUUGCCCCAUAGGGUUUCCAAGGCUGUAAAUCUUUACGGAAGUAGACUGCCACAUUUUUCUCCCGUGGAGCAGCUGGUGGGUUCAAACUGCCAACCUUUCAGUUAGCAGUUGAGCACUUAACCACUGCACCACCAUGGCUCCUCAUAUUGGACAGAGGCAUAAAUUCCAUUUUCUCCUUGACACUGUGCGCUGAUUCCAUGUAGAACAAGAGGGCCCAGUAAGUGCUUUAUAGAAGUAAAUAAAGAGCCUGGUCUUACAUGUAUUAACUGGGCUGAACGGGGAGGGGAGAGGUGGGAGAGCGUUUCAUUGCCCUUUAAGACACUAUAGGGCUGCCCUUUGUAGCUCCUGUCUUGGAAGAGGCUGAAUGUACUUCCCCUCAAGCAGUUUCUCAUAGUUGGAUUCUUCCUUUGGUGUAUACGUAAAAGCAGAGCCAUUUUUACCAACAAGUCAUUGCUUUUUCGUCACAAGAGAUGCAAAUUGGGAGCUUGGGGAAAAUUAGGGAGCUGGUGGAGUCACUCCCCACAGUGUCAGACAGGACCAGCUGCAGAAUUUGCAGAUCCCACGGAAAAUGAAAACGCAGAGGCCCCUUGUUCAUAAAUUAGUGGCAACUUCACAAUGGCCAUGGCAGAAUGUUAGACCAAGCGCGACACCAUCUAAACGUGGGGCCCUGGGCAACUGCGUGAAGCCACCACCUGUGAAGCCGGCCUGAGGUCAGAGUAGGGCUGAUGGAGAAUGUGUAUGAAAAUGUGAGUGAGGUCAGUUAUGCAACAUGUGCUUCUUAGGGGGGAGGGAGGAUGUUGGUUCUGGGAUGGGGGAGGGGAGAUGUGUGUUUGCAUGUGCUUCUGGGGCUGGUUUGUUUGGCUGUAGUAUGUUCAUGAGGACCCUCGGUCUUGGAACUGAACCACACGUGGGCCAUGAGUCUAUUCUGUGGUCACAGACUAUACCCUUAAAUCACCCACCAGCCUUGAAAAUUCAUGUUGCCUUUCAGAGUAGUUAAAGUGACUCUCAGAAAUAGAGGACAGUCUCUCCUCAUCCAGGUAAAGUGACUGUCAGUCAUACCUUUUUCAUGACUAAUACUGCUGUUACUGAAAUUGAAAAUAAAUACAAAUACGUAUAUUUCAUAUGCACCCUAAAAAAUAUUAAAACAAAAUGAACAGCCCCUGGCCCUUGCCUGCACAGUUUUCAGCCUAGUUGGAGAGUCAGGUCAUCUGAAUUCUCUGUCUGAGGUGUCUACUGAAAAAGGCCUCACAGCUCAGACUCACACAUCCGAAGCAAGGAGACAGAGGUGGCCAAAAACAAACAAAAAAAAAAAAAAAAAAAAGUGACCUGGUUUAGAUCCAGAAAAUAAACUCAGUUUGCUGGUGAGUGAAGUAUCUCUUCUGAAAGUUAUCUAGGUUGCUAGCAGUGCAUAAAUGAGCAGCUUUUGCUGAGGUUACCUUCUGCUGGCCACAGAUUUCUUUCUCCUCCAUGGAACUACCAGAUGUCACUGACAACGGGUACUUGAGACCCCCGAGGUGCAGGCCAGUACCCCAAGUGCAAAACCCAACACAAGGCUUUAUUUCUGCCCGCACCAACGCGCAGGGUUUCUCCCUGGUGUUUGAGGGAGCUUACGAUGCGGCUGUGGAGCAUUCACUGGUGCGCUAGGAGAGCAACGUCUUCCCAGCUAUGUUUGUGUUUAAACCAAUCUGAGGAGCCAGCCAUCUGUCAGCAGAACAGGAAGGUUUGGGCCCCUCUCCUCUCCUGGGCUUGUUUUGCUGUUAUCGUGAGCUUCACUUCUCCCUGUGCAAGAAGACUGGUGAAGUCUGAGGCAAGGGUCCUGAAAGAGUGAGGGACAAAGACGGAAGCGCCGGCGUGGCCCAUCUGCCAGGCUGGAGGUGUAUUCAUUAUUGAUGGAGGUAGUGUGGUUGCUGCUCAGAUAUGCAGCCCUGCCUGGGUAAAUGAGACAUUCUUCAGCAAAUUGCUUAGUUUUUUGAUUGCUGAUUGUACGCGUGUCACCAAGCUGACUCAAGGUUCAUCGAUGCAUGCUCAGUAAAUUAGAAAGAACAUAACUAUGGAUCAGCCAAGAGAAUGAAUUCUGUGCCUACAAUGACCCAGGGCCAUUUAAUUUUCUGCUUAAUUUUGUUGCAGUCAGUUUGCAUUUUGGGUUAUUAUGCAGUAGGAAAUUAACAAUAAAUAACAAAUUUGGUCCUCCUGUGCUUGUAAUGAUAUUUUUAUAAAUCUUUGUAAUGCUGUUUUUAAAAGGAUCAAGGUCUGCGCCAGUCUGAUACUCCAGCAAGUAUGUAAGGAGGAAAAUGCAUUAUUCUUGGUAGAUAACCUUCUUGUUAAAUAGCAUGUAGUUUCUUUAUCUCUCUCUCUCUCUUUCAUAUCUUAAUAGUGUUUUGUUUUAAACUAAAACCCCUUCCUCUCUUUCUCAGAUACCCUAAGGACAAUGGAAGCUGAUGACGGUCAAGAUAUGUCCCAAAUUUCAGGGAAGGAAAGCCCUCCCAUAAGUGAUACUCCGGAUGAUGGUGAUGAGCCCAUGCCUGUCCCUGAGGACCUGUCCACCACUUCGGGAGGGCAGCAGAAUUCCAAGAACGAGAGAGGUGUGGUUACAUAUGGGGCUGAUGGCUUUAGGGAUUUUCAUGCAAUAAUUCCCAAAUCUUUCUCUCCCAGUAAUGUUAAAGUAGAGACUCAGAGUGAUGAAGAGAAUGGGCGUGCCUGUGAAAUGAAUGGGGAAGAAUGUGCGGAGGAUUUACGAAUGCUUGAUGCCUCAGGAGAGAAAAUGAAUGGCUCCCACAGUGACCAAGGCAGCAAGGCUUUGUCAGGAGUUGGAGGCAUUCGACUUCCUAACGGAAAACUAAAGUGUGAUAUCUGUGGGAUCAUUUGCAUCGGUCCCAAUGUGCUCAUGGUUCACAAAAGAAGCCACACUGGAGAACGCCCUUUCCAGUGUAAUCAGUGCGGUGCCUCUUUCACUCAGAAAGGCAAUCUCCUGCGCCACAUCAAGUUACAUUCCGGGGAGAAGCCCUUCAAGUGCCACCUCUGCAACUACGCAUGCCGCCGGAGGGAUGCCCUCACGGGCCACCUGAGGACGCACUCCGUUGGUAAACCUCACAAAUGUGGAUAUUGUGGCCGAAGCUAUAAACAGCGAAGCUCUUUAGAGGAACAUAAAGAGCGCUGCCACAACUACUUGCAAAGCAUGGGCCUUCCAGGCACGCUGUACCCAGUCAUUAAAGAAGAAACUAAUCACAGUGAAAUGGCAGAAGACCUGUGCAAGAUAGGAUCAGAGAGAUCCCUCGUGCUGGACAGACUAGCAAGUAACGUCGCCAAACGUAAGAGCUCUAUGCCUCAGAAAUUUGUUGGAGAGAAGUGCCUGUCGGAGAUGGCCUACGACAGCAGCACGAACUACGAGAAGGAGAACGAGAUGAUGUCGUCGCAUGUGAUGGACCAGGCCAUCAACAACGCGAUCAGCUACCUGGGGGCCGAGUCCCUGCGCCCCCUGGUGCAGACGCCCCCGGGGGGCUCUGAGGUGGUCCCGGUCAUUAGCCCUAUGUACCAGCUCCACAAGCCCCAUGGGGACGGUCCCCCACGCUCCAACCACACAGCUCAGGACAGCGCCGUGGAGAACUUGCUGCUGCUCUCCAAAGCCAAGUCAGUCUCUUCCGAGAGAGAUGCUUCCCCAAGCAACAGCUGCCAAGACUCCACAGACACCGAGAGCAAUAACGAGGAGCAGCGCGGCGGCCUCAUCUACCUGACCAACCACAUCAACCCCCACGCCCGGAACGGCCUGUCCAUCAAGGAGGAGCACCGGGCCUACGACGUGCUGCGGGCGGCCUCCGAGAACUCCCAGGACGCCUUCCGCGUGAUCAGCCCCAGCGGCGAGCAGAUGAAGGUGUACAAGUGCGAACACUGCAGGGUGCUUUUCCUGGACCACGUCAUGUACACCAUCCACAUGGGUUGCCACGGCUUCCGCGAUCCUUUUGAGUGCAACAUGUGUGGCUACCACAGCCAGGACAGGUAUGAGUUCUCGUCUCACAUCACCCGCGGUGAGCAUCGCUUCCACAUGAGUUAAGCCGCUAGUCUAGAAGCAGGUGGAUUGUUGGACACUCUGCUUCCAGAGGCAGGGGCCACCCUCCAAGAAAAGCACAAUCACCCAUGAACAGAAAAUGCAUAAAAGAACUGCUGCCUCCUCCCCUUCCGCCAGCAGCAUGGACUGGAUGAUGAUGUGUUUGGAGGUUGUUUUUUUUUUUUUUUUGCUGUUGUUUUGAUUUUUUGUUUUUCUUCUUAAAUUGGUUGAGAUUUGAUUUACUUUUGAAAACAGUGAGAAUUUUAUUGUUAGAUGCAGGGUUACGUUUGGAGCACCCAGACUGUUUUCUUACUAGACAUUUCCAUAGAUGGCUAGCUGAACCCCUUCAUCUCUUGUUCUAUAAUUCCCCUCCUCCAAACAAUUGGUCGUAGGAAAAUGGCGAAAGCCUGGGAAGCAGUGUGCUGGUUCCGGUGCUAAGCACAGGAUUCACGCACUCUGUGAGCAUUCCAAGUGUCCAUCAGCAGUGAGCGCAGCACAAAAUGUGUAGCACUGCACAGAGCAAGCACUGCAGGUGAGCAGGCAGGAAGUGAGACUCCCUGGGAGGUGCCCGGCUGAGAGGGCUGGCCUGGAAAGGGAGCUGAGGCCACAGCAUCAGACCCCAUGAGUCUGGGGCUGAAAGCUGCUCUUUUUAAAAGAAAACAUUGUUUUAAGUCACUUUCUGCAUAAGAAAAUAAAUUGUUUGGGAAAAGUUGUGUCUCAGGCUGCCUUGGGCAAAAAGGGAGGGUUUGGAGUCCUUUAGACUCUUUAGAUCUUCAAGGUUCUGAGGUGUUUCUCAGAUGACUGCCAAGCCUCCUGAGCUUUGUUGCCAAGUCGGAUGAACUCAGUAUUCAUGUGCACAUACCUGCAGGCCCCUGUCCUCUGCUUCUCCUCCCCAUGUCUUUACUGCCUGAAAAAGUCUAUCACUACAUCUACACCACCAGUCCAGAAAUUUGGACAUUAAUUCUUGUUGAACUACUCAAAGUGUCAAAUGCCUCAGAAACCAAAGCUUUAUUCCAAAUUCCACACUCAUUUCUUUGGCUUUACAUUCCUUCUCUGGCUGGUCCUACCUAAGACCAUAAGCACGUGUUCCUGCAGAAGUCCGGACCUCACCCUCCUAACCUUCGUUUUAAUAAAGUGCAUAUUCUGUUCGUAGCCACCAGCCUGGAUUUCUUAGGAUCGGUAAAUUUAUUUCCGUACCCCCACUCUGUGUUUUUCUUGUUUUAAAACUCAUAAAAGAAUGACUUAAAAUGACCGUUAAAUUUUCAGAUCAAUGAAAUAUGACAAGUGAAGCCCAGCAUCUCCAUUGCUAACCCACAGCACUUACCUGUUUGAAACUAAGCUAGAAAACAUCCCAAACACUCUCUAAUAUAAAGACAAAGUAGCACACAUGUGCCCACUUAAGAUGCAUGGCCCUGCAUCCUUUGCCAUUGCAGAGACUCAGUGUACGGACGGAGCAGUCAUAUGGCCUGUCCCCACAGGGUGAUGCCCAAAGGGUUUAACAUGACAGGAAGGAGGCAGGUGAUGCUGCGGGGAGAACUCUUCCUGUACAUGCUAAGGCAGUUGAAUGCAUCUCUGAAGCCUAAAUAAGGUGUUUUGGGAUUCUAAUCCCAACCAGCAAGGGUCUCCCUCAUGGUUAAUCCUAUCUUUAUUAUUAAGGUCAUUCAUCUCAACCACCUAGGCAAGGAAGAGCAUAAAAUUUCAAGUGCAUACAGUGCUUGUCUUCACUAAACAUGUCCCAAGGUGAACAUGAAGGAACAUAGAGAAAAAAUUGUACAUAAGCAUUGGAGAGUUUAGAGAGCAGCAUUUAAUCUCUAUCAGGAUUUCUUUAGUCUCACCGUUAUUAACAUUUGGGGCUGGAUAAUUCUUUGUUGUAGGGUGCUGUCCUGUGCAUUGUAGGAUGUUUAGAAGCAUCCUUGGUCACUUCCUGAUAGAUGCCGGUAGCACCCCCAGUUGUGACAACCAAACGUGUCUCCAGAAAUUGCCAAAUAUCCCUUAGGGGGCAGAAUGGCACCUGCUUGAGAACCACUGAUCUAACUGAAUUCUAACCCAAUUAAAGAUCUGGAAAAUCUUCACCAAAAAAUAAGACUACACGAACUAUCUUCCCAGUCUUCAAGCCUGACUUGUGUUUCUCUGGAAUCAUUAUAAAUUUUAUCAAUGGAUUACUUCCCUCCAGUCUUCAGAAGUAUGCCUCCUCCAGUACACUUGAGUUUUGUAGAAGGGACAGUGUUCACAAAGAUACAACUCUUCAGUCAUGGAUUUCUUUGCUUAUAGAAUGGUGUGACAUUUUGAAACUGGAAAUAAACAAAAUUAUAAUAAUUUAUAUUGUGGCACACCAGUGCACUGAGUGAAGGAAGAGAGACAGGAGCUAAAGCUGUCAGUAGCUUUAGUUCAGUAUGCAAUUACAGAGAAAGAUAUGCCUUAUCCAAAUUAAUGUAUUCAAAGUGAGAGCCUCCUUUGAUUUCUGGUUAGUUAGCAAAUUUCAUAUACGCUGUUCUUUUAUAUCUUUCCCACGGAGUCAGUUGGUCGAAGCCAGUUGUUUUGUCCCGUGUCAUUCAAACAGAGCUUAAACCAGAACUGUAAAUAGUGGCUACAGGAAUUCUUUUCUAAAAUUCUUUCCCCCUUCCUUCUCGUGGUCUUUUAGAGCCCAUGUAAAUGUCUCUUUACACACCUUUUGUUGUGGUUUUAUAUUGUAACACCAUUUUUCUUUGAAACUAUUGUAUUUAACAUAAAGGUUUCAUACAAUGUCAACCAGUAAUUAAAUUAUGUUUGAAAGGUGGCCAUAUUCUGUACCAUAAGUUGUUAAAACGUUUUUGUUGUAGCUGGUAAAAGUAGGAUUUUGCAUGACUUCACGCCUUUUUGUUCUGUGGUUUGUUUUGUUGUGUGAUGGUUUGAGCGUGUGUCUCGGGUACCCCCGUGUAAUGAGAUGUGCAUAGAUUUCUUGCACACUCAUUGUGUUAAAAUAAAUACCAGAGAAAGGAGGUUUCAGAGGAACAGGUUGACCUGUUGAUUGCAAUUAGAAAUGACUGUUUUUUGUUCCUUCCCCUCCGCUGUCACCCCACCGUCUAACAACGUGGUAAGCUUCAACACCUGCUCCCUACCCUGAGUCCUUUUGUAAUGUGUAACUUAGAGCGUGUGAGUGUCCUAGUUGAAGAGUCUUGCAUUAGCACUGAAGGAAGUGUCCCAGCACCAAUCACUUCAGAUACCAGCAUGUGCCAUUUAGAGUUUAGAAUCAACCCCAUAAUGAAAUUUCAGACUCUUCACUGAGAAAAAGAGAGCUACCUGUUAGGGAGAUGUGGAUUUUUUUUCUUUUUUCUUUUUAGUCUUGUGCUUUUUUCUCCUUUCGUUUUGUUUUGCUUUGACUACAUUGUGACUCUCAUAGUAUUGUCUUCUUACCAAGACAAAAGAGAGAUGAAAUGGACAUACAUACAAAUCAUGAAGCAAAUAUAUUUCUCUAUUCUUCACUUCUUAAGUUCCAGCAAUAAUGAAAGGUCAACUCUAUUUGAAGUCCAGAAGUCUAUCAUUCAUUUAAAUUUUUUUUUUUUUUUACUUUAAGGUGAACCAAGAUUAGACUUAUUUAAGAUGUACAGGCAACAGAAAAAGAAGCACAUAUGCUAUUGGUACAAUAGCAUUCACUGUGAACACAUGUAACCAGAUAUUAAUAUGCAAUAUUGUUCCAAUACUUUCUAAAACAUUUUUUUUAUAAUGUUGUGUGUGGUGAUUGUUAAAGUUGAAUUUGUUUAUAUCCAGUACAGCUUUAGGUCUUCAAUUGCCUUUUUUUUUGGCAAGUACAUGUACAGGACUGUAAAUGAGAAAAAUGCAGAAAAUGUAUUUCCAAUCUGCUUCUAUGAUUAUGUUAAAUUAUUUCUGUUUAGCUGUGAACACAGGAUGUGCAACUGGAGUAAUAGAGUAUCCUUUUGUACACAUUUUGAAAUGCUUCUUCUGUAGUGAUAUAACAAAUAAAUGCACUGAAUACUC